GACUUUAUUGGUGUCCCUGAUGUUGUUGAUCUUGCUUGCAUGAGAGAUGCCAUGAAUAAUCUCGGUGGGGAUUCUAAUAAGAUUAACCCGCUGGUCCCUAUAGAUCUUGUCAUUGAUCACUCCGUUCAAGUUGAUGUGGCGAGAUCAGAGAACGCAGUACAGGCAAACAUGGAGCUUGAGUUCCAGCGUAACAAGGAAAGAUUUGCUUUUCUUAAGUGGGGCUCCAAUGCCUUUCACAACAUGCUUGUCGUACCUCCUGGAUCUGGAAUAGUUCAUCAAGUCAACCUAGAAUACCUUGCCAGAGUUGUUUUCAACACAAAUGGACUUCUUUACCCAGACAGUGUUGUUGGCACAGACUCUCACACCACUAUGAUUGAUGGACUGGGUGUUGCUAGAUGGGGAGUUGGCGGUAUAGAAGCGGAAGCUACCAUGCUUGGUCAGCCAAUGAGCAUGGUCCUGCCCGGUGUUGUGGGUUUCAAGCUAACAGGAAAACUAAGAGAUGGAAUGACAGCUACUGAUUUGGUCUUAACAGUUACUCAAAUGCUGAGGAAACAUGGAGUAGUUGGAAAGUUUGUUGAAUUCCACGGGGAAGGGAUGAGAGAAUUGUCUUUAGCUGAUCGUGCUACAAUUGCCAAUAUGUCUCCUGAGUACGGUGCAACCAUGGGAUUCUUCCCAGUUGACCCUGUCACGUUGCAGUAUUUAAGGUUGACAGGCAGGAGCGAUGAAACUGUCUUUACGAUAGAGGCGUAUUUACGAGCAAAUAAGAUGUUUGUGGAUUACAGUGAGCUAGAGAGUAAGACAGUUUAUUCCUCAUGUCUGGAAUUGAAUCUUGAGGAUGUGGAACCUUGUGUUUCUGGUCCCAAGAGGCCUCACGAUCGUGUUCCUUUGAAGGAAAUGAAGGCAGACUGACAUUCGUGCUUGGAUAAUAAAGUGGGAUUCAAGGAUUUUGCUGUACCUAAAGAAGCACAGAGUAAGGCUGUAGAGUUCAAUUUUAACGGGACCACAACACAGCUUAGACAUGGAGAUGUUGUUAUAGCAGCAAUCACCAGUUGCACAAAUACCUCGAACCCUAGUGUAAUGCUUGGCGCUGCCUUGGUUGCAAAAAAGGCCUGCGAACUAGGACUGGAGGUUAAGCCAUGGAUUAAAACUAGUCUUGCACCAGGCUCUGGAGUUGUAACAAAGUACUUGGCAAAGAGUGGCUUGCAGAAGUACUUGAAUCAGCUUGGCUUCAGUAUAGUUGGUUAUGGGUGCACCACAUGCAUUGGAAACUCAGGGGAUAUCCAUGAAGCUGUGGCUUCAGCAAUAGUUGAUAAUGACUUGGUGGCAUCCGCUGUGUUGUUCGGGAACAGAAAUUUUGAGGGACGUGUUCACCCGUUAACAAGGGCUAACUAUCUAGCUUCCCCACCGCUUGUUGUAGCCUAUGCUUUGGCUGGAACGGUUGACAUUGAUUUUGAGACACAGCCCAUUGGAACAGGGAAAGAUGGCAAACAAAUAUUUUUCAGGGACAUCUGGCCCUCUAACAAAGAAGUUGCUGAGGUUGUUUAAUCUAGUGUCCUUCCUGAUAUGUUCAAAGCUACAUAUGAAGCAAUCACCAAAGGAAAUUCCAUGUGGAAUCAGUUAUCUGUCGCGUCAAGUACUCUCUUUGUGGGACCCGAAAUUGAGUGGGACCCGAAAUCAAUUUACAUUCACGAGCCACCUUAUUUCAAGGGCAUGACCAUGUCACCACCCGGUCCACAUGGUGUGAAAGACGCAUACUGUUUACUCAAUUUUGGAGACAGUAUUACCACUGAUCACAUCUCACCAGCUGGUACCAUCCACAAGGACAGUCCCGCGGCUAAGUACUUGAUGGAACGAGGUGUGGACAGAAGAGACUUCAACUCUUACGGGAGUCGCCGUGGUAAUGAUGAGAUUAUGGCAAGAGGCACUUUUGCAAAUAUCCGUAUUGUCAACAAACACCUGAAAGGAGAAGUUGGUCCCAAAACAGUUCACAUUCCCACAGGAGAGAAGCUGUCUUUCUUUGAUGCUGCCAUGAAAUACAGGAACGAGGGACGUGACACAAUCAUUUUGACUGGUGCUGAAUACGGUAGUGGAAGUUCUCGCGAUUGGGCUGCCAAGGGUCCAAUGCUUCUGGGUGUGAAAGCUGUGAUUUCAAAGAGCUUCGAGCGAAUUCACCGAAGCAAUUUGGUGGGAAUGGGAAUCAUACCUUUGUGCUUCAAGACAUGAGAAGAUGCUGAGACACUAGGCCUAACGGGUCAGGAGCUUUACACCAUUGAUCUCCCAAACACUGUUAGUAAGAUCAAACCAGGACAAGAUGUAACAGUCAUCACAAACAAUGGCAAAUCUUUCACAUGUACACUCCGAUUCGACACAGAGGUGGAGUUGGCUUAUUUUGAUCACGGAGGGAUAUUGCAGUAUGUUAUCAGGAACUUGAUCAAACAAUAAAUCUGGUAAGCCACCAGAGACUUGAGUUAUAUAUCCAAAGGUUUGUUGCAAUAAAAAUGUUUGCAGUGAGGAGGACGAGAAUGAUGUUAAUUAAAACUUUUGCUUUUGUUCUCCUUCAUCUUUUGCUUCUUGCUAGUCAAUUGGAACCAUUAUCACUGUCGAGUCAUUUUUUAUUUCAAAUAAACAUGCGAACGUUUUUUUUUUUU